UAAACGUCAAUCAGAAAUUAUUUGUUGCGGCGAAUUGUGACGAGAAAAUUUGUUUAUCUGAUAAAAAAUGCGCAUAAUAAACGAAAACCGUUAUCCCGCUCAGUCGCCGAUUGAUGUUCGCGAAAGCGCGACCGUCCGCUAACGGAAUAUUUAAUGCAAUAGCGACGUUUUCAUUCAGGUUUUGAACGCUAAUCGCCGUCGUCAGCGGAAUGUCCGGGGGUGGUAAUAGGAAGAAAACCUCCCGUUCGGAGGGAUGGGAAGAAGCCGGUUCGGAAUUCUAUCAGGAAAGUUACCCGGGAGACCCGGAAAUCGAGGUGCUGCAAAGGGAUCCGAAGCACCUUCAUACUUUAUUACCCAGCAAACAAACCCGAGGAGGAGCCACCAUUCGCUUGAAAACCAAUGACUACAGAACCAAUAACCGGACGAUUCGAAAGCACACUACCACUAGAUCCCGCAGGGAAUCGACUGGAGGCCCUCGAAGGGCUUCCAUACCCGGAGAAGUCCAGGUAUCGAUGCUUCCGGAUCUAUCGGAGAUGAGAUCAAACGAACAAACCGCUUGGGAGGAUAUCAUGCUCAUCAAAUCCCUGCCUGUUCCCAUGGCGGAGAAAAAGGAAAUGAAAGCUAAAAUUUUGAACGAGCCGAACUUGCGCCUGCAAGGCUACGAGCAGUUCAAGUGGAAGAGACGAAAAAUGUGGGAUCACGUGAAAGCCCGUCUGGUAGAGCACCUGCAGAAACUGAACCUCUGGGGCUCCUCAAUGCGAUCGAUCGAAGGCAACUACGGCGUAGGCAUCCUCUCUUACUUCAUAUUCGUCAAGUGGCUAUUCAUGCUCAAUCUAUUCAUAUUCGCUUUGAUAUUCGCCUUCGUAGUUCUACCCACGAUUCUUUUAGAUACCAACACCAACAAGCGCGCGUAUUGUCCCAACGUAACCAGCACUGGCCCCGAACAACUCCAAUUCCUCCCCAACGAAUCCAACAAAUUCUUAGAUCUAAUCCAAGGUACGGGUGUAUUGGAGCACACUCUACUCUUCUACGGGUACUACUCGAGCGAACCGCUCAGCUACUCGAUUAAAGGGUGGUACUAUAACUUACCGGUGGCGUAUUUGUUGAUAGUAAUAUUGUGUUUCGUGGUGUCGGCGUUUGCGGCGCUCAACGCGGCCGCGUCGGGGUUCAAAGAGCGCCUCAUCGAAGGCCAGGGCCAGUUCUAUCACUAUUCGAGCCUGGUGUUCGGCGGUUGGGAUUUCUGCGUGCGCAAUCGCCGGGCGGCCGACAUAAAGCACAAGGUCGUUUACAACGAGCUCAAAGCCGGCGUGGAGACGCAGCGAUUAGAGGAUGAGAUCCGGAAUCGCACGGCGCACGAGAAAUACAAGAUUUAUUUCAGCAGGGCGAUCGUCAACACGGCGGUGUUGGCCAUAUUGGGCGGUUGCGGUUGCGUCAUUUAUUUGGUAUUCCGGUUUUCCACGGAGCGAUUGAGCCAAACGGAGGAUACGUACGAGAAUUUGUUCUACGAGUUUCUGCCGUCGUUUACUAUAGUCGGUUUGAAUAUGACCGUGCCGCAUUUGUUCAAGUUUCUGAUCGGUUUCGAGAAGUACAAGCCGCUGAGCGAGCUCAAAUUCUCCCUCAUACGCACCGUUUUCUUGCGCCUAUCCGCUCUAAUCGUGCUCUACGCUUCGCUGUGGAGCAAAGUGAACGAUUCCCAGAUUAAAGGUUGUAGCUUGUACAAUAAGACACCCGUGUGUUGGGAGUCUUACGUGGGGCAACAGAUUUACAAAUUGUUGCUCACCGAUUUCGCCAUACAGGUGGUCGUAACGCUCAUCAUCAAUUCCCUUCGAGCCCUAUUGGCUAGACACGUCGAAAAUAAAUGCGUUAAAUUCUUCGCCGAGCAACACUUCGAUCUGCCGAAGCACGCGCUCGACGUCGUUUACACGCAAACAUUGAUCUGGUUCGGGAUAUUCUACGCGCCUUUGAUAUCCCUCAUGGGCGCCAUAAUGUUCUUCUUUCUCUUCUACAUCAAACGGUUCGCUUGCACGGUGAAUUGCAGACCGAGUCCGAUCGUCUACAGGGCGUCCCGGUCGAAUUCGCUGUUCAUGUUCGUGCUGUUGAUAUCGUUCGCUUUCGCCUCGAUACCGCUCGGUUUCUCCUUCUCGGAUCUGACGCCUUCGAAGGCCUGCGGGCCCUUUAAAGGCGAGGCCUCCGUGUGGUCUUUGGCCGUAGGGCUGUUCAGGCGCACGCCGGAUUGGUUGCAAAGCGUGAUAUUCUUCCUGGGCACCGCCGGGUUCGCCAUACCGUGCAUCGUGGUGCUCGUUUUGCUGCUCUAUUACUACACCGCUGUUAAUUUGGCUAAUAAGCAGCUGGUGAGGGUGCUGAAGAACCAGUUGGUGCUCGAAGGGCACGAUAAGCAGUUCCUGUUGGAUAGGCUGAGCUUGUUCAUUAAGCAGGAACAGCAGAAGAGGCUGAGGAUCGAGCAGAGUAGAGACGCGGGCGAUCAUAGGAGUUAGGCACGGGAUUAUUGUGAGAUUAGGUUUAAGGAGAAUCUUCUAGGUAGCCCGAUGAUCAAGUAAUUUUGUGGCUAGUUAUUAAUUAACACUCAUAUCUUACUUGUACAUAAAUAUGUAGUUGUAGGGUGGAUUUGUCAGUGCAUUGAUAAAACAAACCCUUAGUACUAUAAAGGGUAUUCUUAUGAGACUUAUUACCACUAAUGUCAUUUUAGAUUUUUAGGUAAAAUUAACUGUCCGUACUCAAAGCGAUCUCGAUUUUGAAAAAAGUUUACUUUAUAUUAUGAGUUUUCUAUGAGUGAACUUGAAUCUGUGUUAAAUAUUUGGAGAAAACUUUUAGUGUAAAUUGCGCUAUUUUCGAAAUUUCUUCGUUACCUAAAACAAUUUUUUUAUAUUAGGGUAUUGUUACUAGUAGGAACUUGUAAAUAUGCCAAUUUAGUUUUAUACAUAUACAUUUCGGUGCUGUUUACAAUUAAUUUUUCUAUUGAAAUGCUCAUUAUAAAGUUUGAGAUUCUCAAUGUAUUGAAAUGCCUGCCACAAACAAAGUUUCGCCAAUUUUUUUACAAUAUUACCUCCACUAGUUACUCUAUGAAACCAGUAUUAGCUUUUUAUUGUGAUUUUAUGUACUAUUUUAUUUAUCAUGUAUGUUACUGCAAUGUAAUUCUGUUUUUGUAGCAACGGAA